CGCAGGCGGGAAUAAGCAUAUCUCAAGGUCUCUCCAAGAGCAUAGUUGACUUCUCAGUUUUGGAUUCUUGGUAAAACCACAAUUUAACCCUGAAGUAUACAAGUAACGUUAGUCGAAGUGGUCGUUUGUUUGUAACAUCCAGACAUGUAAAAAUAAGCUUUUGACAGUCCAGAACCGAAUAUCGAAGUUCGUUAAUUAGUUAGUAUCGGAAUAUCGAACUCUUUUGAGUUUAAAUUUCGAUUCGAGUCGAAAACUUUUAGGAGUUUACGUUUGUGAUUUAUUUUGUAAUUAACGUAAAUAUGUGAUUAAAUCCUUCAAAUUUGGAAUCUCGAAGUUAUAUUAUUGGGAAGACUUAGAUAUCAGAUAAAGACCGGAAUCGGACAUAAUACGAAAACAAACAGUGCUGAGCGCGCGUUUCUUCAGCAACGGGUCUCGAACCAUAAAUCUAGUGCAGUAGUGAUAGAUACGUCUGUGUAAGUCGGUUAACUUUUUAAAUACGUUCAGUGUUAAUAAUGAGAUGAAGAUGACGAGUCAAGUGUUCUUGUGAUUCGUAUUAUUUCACACAUGCUGACUUCACCGUCAAUCACGAGUCUGAGUAUUUUCUGAAUGAAUACUGCAGGAAUCACUUAGCGUUCCUUAGAAGUCCUCAUUACCUUAAGAAAUGAUAUGGUGAAACAUAAACCAUCCAAUUUAAGGGAGACUUAUCAGUUACUUCAAACCUACAACAAACUGUAACCUAAAUAAUGAAGUUUUGUAUUUAUCCCAUAAUGCCAUCCUGCUUACCGAUGGAAUACAGUGAUGGAGUUUCGGACUACAUCAUGGGUGAUUUAGAUUCUCGGCAAUCUCAAAAAGACGAGUCGUCCGAAAAUCUUUUGUCCUCUGGUGGUGUUUCUAAUCAAGUGUACUCACAAGAAAAAGGACCAAAAUCUCCAGUCCUUUCACCCGAGGAUAUCGACCUCAAACUUCUGGCCACCGAGGAUGGAGUGUCGCACGCUUUACGGCGAGCGAAGCUAUGGUCGAAGUACGCAAAAGAUGUUGUUUGUUAUGUGGAAAAAAAGACUAGUCUAGGUCAGUAUCUGUCUUGGGAUUAAAUAAACCAUGUAUAU